AUGGCUGCUGCCGCCCUGGGGAGGAUGAGGGGCCCGGCGCGGAGCGUCCAGGCGGCUGGGAGGCUGGCGCGGCCGUGGGCGCUGGCGCUCCUGCUGGCGUCCACCACGCUGGCCACGGCUGCAGCCCUGACUGAUUCAGUGGAGUCAAUUGUUCACAGCCCAGGAGUGUCCACUACAAAUGCAAGUGCUGAAGUGCAACAUGACCCCCAAGCCAACGCUUCCGUGGCUCCGAUGAGCACCACCCUCCCUCCCCACACCAGUGCAGAGAAAAGCAGGGCAGCAUCUGCAGCCCCGCAGCCCUCCCCGACCACUCUGGCCCAGGAGGACGCGGACGCCGACGACCCCAGCCUGGACGAGGAGGUGCUCUUCUCACUGAACAGCUCUCCAGGCACAGCCAGAGACAGCCCUGACACGGCCGAGUACGGCGAGUACGAGUGGACCGGCAGCCCCCGGCAGGAGGAGGAGGAGGCCCGGGAGCGCUUGGAGGAGAGCAGGGGCUACGUGGACCUCCGGCAGCCAGUGCAGUCCCUCCAGACCCCGUCCGCAGACCUCGAGGAGGAAGACAGCCAUUUCUUUUUCCACCUCGUCAUUUUUGCUUUUUGUAUUGCUGUGGUUUAUGUCACCUACCACAACAAAAGGAAGAUUUUCCUUCUGGUUCAAAGCAGGAAAUGGCGUGAUGGCUUUUGUUCCAAAACAGUGGAGUAUCAUCGGCUCGACCAGAAUGUUAACGAGGCCAUGCCUUCUCUGAAGAUUACCAAUGAUUAUAUUUUUUAAAGCACUGGGAUUUGAUUUUGCUUAUUAUAUAAUUUUAUUUGCUUGACUUUUUUAUAUGAAAUUGUGCAGAUGUUUGCAGUCGGCCGUUGGUGCUUAAAUGGGAGGUGGGUCUCUUUAUUUUGCCUGGUGCUUUGGAAAUGCCACAAAAAGAAUGGAAUAUAUAAUAUUUCAUCUAUAUUUUUGAGUUGAAUUCAAUCAGGUAUCCAAAAUGUGGAGCUUAGCAUUCAUUAUCGUAUACUUACUCUGUUAUUUUGUUGUAGAUUUCCUUACCACGCUUAUGCAAAUAUUAGUGAUUAAUGCACCUUUUACAAGAUCCCCAACUCGUGACUAAAUUCUGAAAUAAUUACCUGGUACAGCUUUCUCGGACUCUCUCUCUGCCAUCCGGAUACUAUUGUUCAUGCACACAUUAGUUUGUGCUUCCAAACUGGUACAGCUUUUUCGGACUCUCUC